UUCACACCUGUAAUCCCAUCUUUUGGAAGGCUGAGACAUGAGUAUUUGUCGAGUCUGAAGUCUCCAACACAGGAAAGUAUAAAAAUUACGAACGAUUAUAAACUCAACUAGUCUGUCAACUCCAUUAGGGUUACAUUACUUACUCUGUUCACUUUUAUUCCUAGAAAAACGAGAUCUAGUACUUGCUUCGAGGUCAAAUAUUUGAAUGGACCAAAGUGAAGCGAACGGAGACAAUUGGAAAGCUUAACUCAUAAAGUAAAAGUUCUAACGCUUUCAGCAUUCUCCCCACCUCCACGCUCAACAGUUAAGAACAAAACACGCAUGCUCUCAGAUACCUUGGGUCUCCAAUCUCAGACAACCCCCAAAAGUCCCAAGUCCAAAGUGAACCCAUACGAGUUAGCACUUCUUCACCCCUGCUUAGUCGAUCGGCUCCAGGCUCGGCGAAGUUCCUGAUCUCGGCCAGGAUUCUGAACUUUUGUUCGCGAAGCCACGAUGCACACAGCCCACCGCACUCAGUCAACGAGCGAUAAAGUUGAACCUGGUUGAGACGUUUCCUCCACGCUUCUCUAACGCGGUUGGCUUCACGCUCGUACGUACGUGUCCGAGAAAAUAGACUUUUCGUCGCAGAGCUUCAGAUAUUCAUUCAGGUCAAAGGGGGAAGAACGAAAGACAACGACCACUCUCUCUCCUCUCUUCUUUCCUAUCUCCCCUCUCCCUCUCUCGCCCUUUAAGAAGCACCCCCAUUCUAUUCCCUUAGAACCUGGGGAAAAUGCUCGCGAGAGCCACGGAAUUCCGCCCGCUUCCUCCUCCAGGAUAGCCGGGCCGGAAGGAAGACGGUACCUCCCGCUCCCCGGCCUAUACCUCAUAAGGCAGCGAGGCCGCAGAGGCAGCCAAUCAGAUUGCCUCUUGUAAGCAAAGGCGCGGAGAGCCAAUGGGAAGUCGCGGCGCGCGCAGAGCCUCUCUUCGUCGCACCGGCCCCCUCCCUUCCGCCCGCCGCCUUCCACUCCGCCCCUGGCGGAGGAAGUGAGAUCAGAGGCCCCAUGUGAGCGGAUUGCAACACAUGCAGCUGCCUGGAGAGAGGGAGCCGGUGUCCUACGUCAGAGCCGCCGCCGCCGCGGAGCCGCCGCCGGGGAGGAGCAGCCGCUACCGCCCAGGACUGGGCCCUUAGGGAGGAGGAGGCGAGAAGAUGGCGGACGACCCCAGUGCUGCCGAUAGGAACGUGGAGAUCUGGAAGAUCAAGAAGCUCAUUAAGAGCUUGGAGGCGGCCCGCGGCAAUGGCACGAGCAUGAUAUCGCUGAUCAUUCCUCCCAAAGACCAGAUUUCACGAGUCGCAAAAAUGUUAGCAGACGAGUUUGGAACUGCAUCUAACAUUAAGUCACGAGUAAACCGCCUUUCAGUCCUGGGAGCCAUCACAUCUGUACAACAGAGACUCAAACUUUAUAACAAAGUACCUCCAAAUGGUCUGGUUGUUUACUGUGGAACAAUUGUAACAGAAGAAGGAAAGGAAAAGAAAGUUAACAUUGACUUUGAACCUUUCAAACCAAUUAAUACAUCAUUGUAUCUGUGCGACAACAAGUUUCAUACAGAGGCUCUUACAGCGUUACUUUCAGAUGACAGCAAGUUUGGUUUUAUUGUAAUAGACGGCAGUGGUGCUCUUUUUGGCACGCUCCAAGGAAACACCAGAGAAGUCCUGCAUAAGUUCACUGUGGAUCUCCCAAAGAAACACGGCAGAGGAGGUCAAUCAGCCUUGCGUUUUGCCCGUUUAAGAAUGGAAAAGCGACAUAACUAUGUUCGGAAAGUAGCAGAGACUGCUGUGCAGCUGUUUAUUUCUGGAGACAAAGUGAAUGUGGCUGGUUUGGUUUUAGCUGGAUCAGCUGACUUUAAAACUGAACUAAGUCAAUCUGACAUGUUUGAUCAGAGGUUGCAAUCUAAAGUUUUAAAAUUAGUUGAUAUAUCCUAUGGUGGUGAAAAUGGAUUCAACCAAGCUAUUGAAUUAUCUACUGAAGUUCUCUCCAACGUGAAGUUCAUUCAAGAGAAGAAAUUAAUAGGGCGAUACUUUGAUGAAAUUAGCCAGGACACAGGCAAGUACUGUUUUGGAGUUGAAGAUACACUAAAGGCUUUGGAAAUGGGAGCUGUAGAGAUUCUAAUAGUCUAUGAAAAUCUGGAUAUAAUGAGAUACGUUCUUCAUUGCCAAGGCACAGAAGAGGAGAAAAUUCUCUACUUAACUCCAGAACAAGAGAAGGAUAAAUCUCACUUCACAGACAAAGAGACUGGACAGGAACAUGAACUCAUAGAGAGCAUGCCCCUCUUGGAAUGGUUUGCUAACAACUAUAAAAAAUUCGGAGCUACACUAGAAAUUGUCACAGAUAAGUCACAAGAAGGAUCACAGUUUGUGAAAGGAUUUGGUGGAAUUGGAGGUAUCUUGCGGUACCGAGUAGAUUUCCAGGGAAUGGAAUACCAAGGAGGAGAUGAUGAAUUUUUUGACCUUGAUGACUACUAGGUAGUCGACAUGGGUCCGGCAAGACGUGCCUCACCCUCCAGCAUUCAACCCAAGGCGCAUACCCGUGGUGGAGUCCAAACAGAUCCCUGCCUUACAAUUGGAACAUUUCCAGAACUUAAUCCGUGAGCAUUGGAUACUGAAAAGAAAAGCGAAACAAAACCAGACCCAACCCUACACUUUGGUUUGUCGUGGUGUCUGUCAGCGCAGCAGCCUACAACUAAGUCCCUAAAUGCCACUUUGGACUAAUUUAAAAAGAAUCCCAGUUUUUACUUUUACUUGAUGGUAAAAUUGGUUGCUCUUGUAUUUUAUGAAAAAAAUGAUUUUUUUAACCUUCAUACAUAGAAGCAAAAUACUUUAACUGCUGUAAACCUUCAAAAGUUAGUAGAAGUGAGAUCAUACUGGUUUGUUUCUUCCUUUGAUCGGAGAAUAACUAAACUGCUGCAUUUUGCAGUGACCCAUUUACAUGGCAUUCUCGGCUUAGACUGCACAAGAAGAAAUAUAUGUGAAAUAUUGGAACUGUUUCUCUCUUGGUCUCUGUUUAAUGUUGAAAGGGUGAGCUAAUAGGAGGCAAUUUGAGCUUCACUCCCUCACAUUCCCCCACUCCCAGACUGUCCGUUUCAAAGGUACAGGUUGUGUUGUAAAGUCAGACCGAGUGCCGAAACAUUGGGGCCACUGCACUCUUGACAUUCAUCAGUGUGGAGGCACAUUUGUGCCCGGUAUUUGGGAGCCCCUUGUGGCAUUAGCAUUACUGAGGCUCCCUGUAAUCUCAGCCUACUAGAAACCAGUCUGGGAUGGACACGAUGGGGCUUCUGUGCUAUUGCUGGGAUUGGGAGAAAUAAAACAUGCAAUUUAAGUGGAACCAAAAAAAAUUUUUUUUCAAAGAUGAUUUUGCUUGGAUCUAUUCUUGGUAAAGGGAGGUGGUGGUAUUUCCUUGUGUUGGAUGGCAUGAGAUUAUGUGAAUGUUUAGAUUUUUUUUUUUCAAAUGAACUGCAAGAUUUUUCACGGGAACAACAGACAAGACACGUAUGACCGUGCAUGUAUCUCAAACCCCUGGUGGGGCUGGGGCAUCUGUUUGGGAUAUACAAGCACCUCUCAGAUGAGAAAGUAUGGAGGCGGGUGGGGAGGGCAGGGCUGGGGUGGGGUGGGGUAGGACACAGCUGCUGGCACCAUGGACUAUAAAACCAUGUUAGAGCCGAAAGUUGGCCUGAAAACCUGAAGCUUAUGCUUCACAGCUGGGAUGUAAGUUGGAUUUAAACCCAGUUGAAGUGCAAAGUGAUGGUAUGCUCAGGGUGGUGACAGUGAACAGAGUGGGGUGUGCCCCGUGGUAGCAGUGGGGGAAAGUAUACCGAGUGGACUUUGAAGGACAGAAGGUUUUUUGUUUUUGUUUUUGUUUUUUUGGUUUUUUUUUUUUUUUGUUUGUUUGUUUGUUUUUUAAGUCAACUGGUAUCACCCACACAUUCACCAGGGUGGUAGGGUGCAUUGGGUUUCAAAUUGGGUACUUUUAACACUUUAGUGCCUGACUGCUGUUCUUCACUGACUUGACUCAGUCACUUGUAGCUUUAUUGGUCUGAACCAGCUCCUUGUUCCCAGGUUACAGACCUGCCUAUCGUUCCAAUAAUCCUGUUUCACUUGAAUGAAGGGAGUAUGUCUUAAAUGUAAAGCUUCUGGUUCUCACACUGUACUCUGAGGUCCAAAUGACUGUCUGUCCUGUAACCUGAUGUCUCAAACACCCAGUGAGAAGAGUCAAUUCUUUAGUGUUCACCAACAUGGGAGGCUUCACCAGAACAGGCUUUUGCUUUGGGCUCUGCUGUUUGUUUGCAGAACACCCAAGAGCAAGCGAACACACUCUUCCCAGCAGUACCUUAGGGUUUUGCCAUUGUAAAUGGGUCUAAUGUGAUAUGACAAGACCAGAGAAAUUGGAUGUAAAUUUACAUUUUUUUGAAUAUGCUUGUUGUUUCACAUGAUACAUUUAGGGUAUGCAGCUCCUUUUGUAGUUUUUAUUUUUACUAUUUAAGUUUGGAAAUGAUGCCAAAUUUUUGUAUUUCUUUAAUCAAUGUGUUCUCCUUGGUGAUAUAUAUUGCAUUAUAUAUUGAUGUGUGUAUCAAUAUAUACCGAUAUGUGUUACACUUACGCAUACAAACACACAAGUGAGGGGUGAAAAGGUAGCCUGCACUCCCUAGCCUCUGCAGAGAGACCCUAAGAGCAGAAUCUCGGUGUUGUGAUGUACAGAAAUGGAGAAGAGUAUUAAACCAUAUUUAAGAAUA